AUAUGAUUAUCCGGUUUACGGUUUAGUUGGAAAGAUUUAUAAACCGAUUUGGUCUGUUUGUGCGGCAAAAACCUUGAAAUGAUAAGAAUCUUCCCAAGUUUACGGUUUACCUCUUUGCUCUCUGCCGCUAAACCUCUUUGCUCAUAUUCUCCGGCGAGAGAACCACCGGCGUCGUUUACAGAGGCAAAAUCCUCUCCGGAGACUAAUUCUCUCAGCAUAACUCCCAAGACACCGCUAUUCCUUAGAACGCCGUCGCACGCAACUUCUCUUUCGGAGGUUUGGAAAUGGCACGACUGGGCCAAAGAUCUGGCCUCCUCCGUUGAGGAAUCUUCGAAGAAUUCUGAAGAUGUUCUUGACUCUGUCAUUCUCCUCCGUGAGCUAAAAUGGCUGAUCGAAGACUCAAUCGUAGACGAUCCUUUAGUGAUUCUUCACAGAAGCGAAAUAUCGGACAACGGCGAGAAGAAUGUGAAAUUGAGAGCGUCGUUGGAGGAGCUUUACGAUUUAUGGAGGCAGAGGAUCGAGAAGCGUCGGCCGUUUCAGUACGUGGUCGGAUGCGAACACUGGAGAGAUUUAGUGUUGUGCGUUGAGGAAGGGGUUCUAAUUCCGAGACCGGAGACGGAACUUAUCGUCGAUAUGGUGGAGGAGCUUGUAACGAGAGAUGAAUGGUUUAAGAAAGGUUUUUGGGCUGAUCUUGGGACAGGAAGUGGUGCAAUUGCGAUCGGCAUUGCUAAAGUCUUGGGAAGCCGUGGGAGAGUUAUAGCUACAGAUCUCAGUCCGGUGGCUAUCACCGUCGCUGGCCACAAUGUGCAGAGAUACGGCCUUGAGGGGAUGAUUGAAGUGAGAGAAGGAUCUUGGUUUGAGCCUUUGAAAGAUCUUGAAGGAAAACUUGUGGGGAUUGUAAGUAAUCCGCCAUACAUACCAAGUGAUGACAUUCCAGGCCUACAAGCUGAAGUUGGUAAACAUGAACCGAAACUUGCAUUGGAUGGUGGUAUUGAUGGAACUGAUAGUCUUCUCCAUCUCUGUCACGGGGCUUCUCGGAUGCUUCAACGCGGUGGCUUUUUCAUUUUCGAGACGAAUGGAGAGAAACAAAGCAAGAUGAUCGUUGAUUACAUGAUGAGCAAUGAUCUAAAAGACUGUUUCUCAGAUUUGAAGAUAGUUUCUGAUUUUGCUGGAAUCAAUCGGUUCGUGACUGGCUUUCGUCUCUGAGCUUUUUUACAUAACUUGCUGUGGUGCUACUUCCCAUUACUUGUGACUUGUGGGAUCACAUUUUCAGUAUAUCUCUUCUAAGUGAACUAAUCUAAUUUAUGGCUUUGCGAAGUUCAUUUCCAUCAAAUAAUGACCUUAGUUAACA